AUGCCCAUCAAGGGGCAGCAAGGAGGCCGCACUCAGCCGCCAGGGUCGUGCCGCUGUGUGUCGGACGACUGCCGAACGCCUCGUGGACGCCUUGACUACGCUCGCUGGCCUGCAGGGGGCACCGUUCCCCGUGCCCAUGGCAGCCAGCAGCCCUUUGCCUCCUGCCACCAGUGCCCGCACUCCUCCGGCUCCUCCGGCUCCUUCGCCUCCAGGAAGGCGCAGCUCCGCCCCCCGGCACAGAUGGACACCUUCCGCACCCUGCAGUACCACCGCUCAGCCUGUGGGGGGCAGCGCGGCGAGAGCCCCAAUCGUAUCCGACACCUGGUGCAUUCCGUCCAGCGCCUCUUCAACAAGUCCCACUCGCUGGAGGACCCUGCCACGAGGUUCGAGUCCAACUGCGGAGGCCCUGAGCCUCAGGACAAAAGGCCGGGGGGUCACGGGGGCAGGCACCGGGCAGAGGGGGGGCACAGCGGAGGUGGACACGGCCCCGUCCCGCAUGGCUUGCGCUCCGGCCGACGCAGCAGGAGCCACGAUCGCAGUAAGAGCAGAGAGUCCCACGAGAACGGAGCCGCUGCAUCGUGGGGUUCCGAGCAGCACCUCGACCGGGACGGCAGCGGCCUGGUGAGCGGCAGGGGGCGCCAAGGAGCGAUGCGAGGCUACAGCACCCUGGACCGGGAGCUGACCGCUAGGAUCUCUGUGGCCCCCGAGCACAGCACUGAAAUGGCUGCAUGGGAGCAGAGCAGGCAGUCAGCCAGCAGGGGCCUGUGGACAUCAGCGAGCGCGAGUCAGGGGCGGGACAACUGUCCGCACGCCUUGGGGUCAAAGGUGAAAGAGCAUCGCUGCCGUCACCUACAGGUUCCCGGGAACACGUGUCUUGGUGACCUCGCCGCUAACAACGCGGGCUCCGAGGAGGUGCCGUGUCACAGGAUGCGGAGCGGCAGCUACAUCAAGGCCAUAGCAGAGGGUGACGGCGCUGAACCCGGGAUCCCCGAAGGAGGCGGAGUCACUGCCCACAGAGAGCCCUUCCGCCGCGCGGUCAGCAUGGACCACCACUCUGCAACCAUGUGUUCCUGUUCACACUGCAGUGACCCGUUCCGAAGUGUUCAUUCUCUGCCAAAGAACCGCGGUCCACACCACAUGUGCACUUGCCCCCCACCCAACACCCAGUCUCAGGCGGUGGAGGCUCUGGACCUGCCCGGAACGUUCCGCGCUCGAAGCCACAGCUACCUCUGUGCCAUCCAGGCCGGUGUGUCCCAGGACGACUGCCUGCCUCCCGUGUCCAGGGGCGGAGCCAAGGCGACCGCAGCACUCCUACAGGACAGGAAGGUCCCCCCUCCCCUGCCACCCCGCAUGUCCAAGAUGCGCCUCAGGGUCGCAGCCCACAUCGGCACGGCGUCGACAGGCAGUCUGCGUUUGCCAAGGCCACAAAGGAGCAGACCACAGAGCCAGUCCCUGGAUGAAAUGGAGGGCAGCGGGGUACAUUUACACAGGGGCUGCUGCUCGCCCUGGAUGGGCACGGCGUGGGUAGACACCUGGUCCCAGGACACUUCUGCUCAAAGUGGGUUCCUCCAAGGCCCAGGGAGCAAGCAGCGCAGUUAUUCCACAGAGAUGCUGGAAAAGGUGUGCGAGCCCCCAGAAAUGCUCUUCCUUGAGGGUCUGGAGCCCCUGAGCGCCAGUCUUCUGGGCCGAAACCAGACGAACCCAAGAGGGCGCGAAGACGACAGCGUGAACUCCGGCCGGGAUGGACGCGGGUGCAGCUGCAGGACAUCCAUUGCGAUACAGAGAGACACCUUGGGGACACUCUCUGACUCAGAUACAGACAGCAAAGCAGUACGGGAAAUGCAGUCCGUCGGCAUUCAAGUCGAAGAGGACAGGCGGUACCUCUUGGGGGAGGAUAAUAGGGGGUACCUCCAGGACCAAGAGGAUAGAAGGUACCUCCAGGGACGAGGUGAUGGGAGAUACCGCUGGCAUGAAGAUGAUGGGAGGUACCAUCAAGAACAAAUGGUCAGGAGGUACUUCAGAGGUGAAGAAGACAGGAGGUACAUUCAAGACCAAGAUGACAGGCAAUACAUCCAGAGUGAAAGUGAUGAGAGCUUCCUUCAAGAUCUAGAUGACAGGGGGUUCCUCUGUAGUGAACAUGAAGGGAGGUUCAUCCAAGACCAAGAGGGUGGAAGGUGCCUUGCGGGUACAGGUGACAUGAGAUGUCUUCAGAAAGAAGAUGAUGGGUGGUAUCUUGAAAAGGACAGGAGGAAGACGCUCCAGGACUCCAGCAGCUUGACAACAGGAACACAGACUGCAGAAGAUGAGGGGUUACCGGACCAAGGUGUUGAAGCCCUGUGGGACACCACCCUCCAGCGGACUGUCCAGGACCAAUCUUACUGCUGCCAGCAGGAUGCUGAGUUCUACCUCCAUCUGCUCCGCUUGGAGGUACAGAGGAUAGAAGGCUGGUGUCGAGGGAUGGAGCAGGAAGCCGAGCUGAGCCAGCUUCCCGAGGAAGUCAUGGCAAGGAUCCGCAGUGCAGUAGAGGACGCCCAGCUGCUGAUGUCUCGCAAGGUCCAACACUUCUUCCAGCUCUGCCAGAAGAGCCUGGAGCCCACAGCCACCCCCCACCGCGAUACUCGCACCCUGGCCGCGCUGUGGGAGCUGCUGCAGUUGGCCCUCGAGGAGAUUCGGCUGGAGUUCCUGGACCUGCAGCGGCUGCGCGACUCGGGCUGGACGGUGCCACCCGACCAGGGGGAGAGAAACACCCCCCCUCCGUUACCAAAGAAGCCCAGCGGAAGCGCCGCCAGGGAGGGGCCGGUCUCCGCGAGCGGGGAAUGGUCUCCGGAGCCGGGGGAGGGGCGGCCGCGUCCCGAGGCCCACGAGACCCCACGUGCAGGCGGGCGACCCACCGCCCUGCGCCAGAACUCUACUAGGGAGAGUGCCGAUGGCACGGAGCGCUACCUGGCUGAGGGACAGACCCGCUUCUGA